GGGAUGUGGGGACGGGAGCGCUUCGUUGGUGGCUUCGCCUGAGCAAUCUGGAUCCAGCCUGCAUGGAUCCCCCUAAUGUUGGCAAUAUCUUGCCUACCUAGUGCGGCGUGCUACCAGAACUCAAGGCUUAUGCGUUGAGUCGGGCAAGCCGAAACAACGGACCGCAGGCUAGAUGGGUAUGCGCAGCAUAGCCGUAGCCCACAGUCCUAGCAGAGUUCCAGUGUGGACGGCACUAGUCUUGCCUACCUAGUACUGCUUGCCACCAGAACUCCAGCCUUCUUUGCUGAGUCGGGCCAGCCGAAACAACGGACCGCAGGCUAGAUGGGUACGCGAAGCAUAGCCGUAGCCCACAGUCCUGGCAGAGUUCCAGUGCGGACGUCACUAGCCUUACCUGCCUAGUGCGGCUUUCUGCCAGAACUCCAGCCUUGUUUGUUGAGUCGGACCAGCCGAAACAACGGACCGCAGGCUAGAUGGGCAUGCGAAGCAUAGCCGUAGCCCACACUCCUGGCAGAGUUCCUGCGCGGAAGGCGCCAGCCUAUAAACCGCGCUGCAACGGACGUCAGGACGCCUAUCAUGAUAUGACAGACAAUCAUGGCCAACGCCGAAUCAGACGCGAGCGAGAUGGCUCUAGGUGGGACCCACUCCGCGCCUAGCCCCGUCCGCCAUUUAAACACAGUCGCCGCCCCGCUGACUCGCGCGGUCGUUGGCGCGGGCAGCGACCGCGGAGGCGCGUUAGACAGAUCUCGCAAAAUACCAGGGAGAGCUCCAACACCUAGAGGCGAAUUCAAGCAGUGCUCAUCAGAAACCUCCACUGGCGCGCCUCCAAUAUGUCAGUCCAACUGUCCAUCUGGCUGCGUGGCCUUAGGGUGCGACGCAAUGUCUUUACCAUCUCUGGCCUGCGCAUGCGCCCCAGGAUCGACGCGCGCGAUCACGCGCCACGCGCCUUUGAUCCAGAGCAUGCCACGAUCAGUGCGAAGAUCCUGCCUGCGUCUAGGCCGCAAGAGCCCGGCGAGAUAGGCCCAUCUCGCCCCCCUCCUGGCGGCGGUAGCCGCGAAGGAAGAAGACGCGGACAUCGACGCCGAUGACAACCGAUAGCAUAUUGAAAUCCGUUCGGAAAGCUGCGGAUCGCUGCAGCGGUGAGAACCUUCAACCGUUUGGAGCGCGCCUUCAAUUUGCACUUGACAGGACGACGUGGCCUGGCUAGCCAUAUGGAUAGUGCAAUCGGAGUAAUGCGAGCCUCUCCCACGUCGUACGAGGUGCGCCAGUAGUCUACGGUCGCGAAGGCGCCCUUGGCCGACCUGCAGGUGCCCUCCUGCGUGUAGCGUAGAGCACCAGGCAGCAACUCACCGAAGCCAGCAUGCACACGUUCGGGGAAGGGCCUGUUCCUCAGAUAUUCCGAGAGCCAGAAGUACCUGUCAGAGUUGGCGAACACAUAUGAUCCACUGCCCGUAGACCGUAGACCAAUCUGAAGUGCUCCAAUCAACAGCCCGCACGGCAAUCCAACAUCAAUGUGCAUGAUGGUAGACCACGACAGAACAACUGCAUGCGCUUCUUCACCGCGGGGUCCUCUGAGCAACGUCGCGAGGAUGUGGGAGAGCACGAAAAUACCAACGCCUGCAAUGGACAACCCCGUAUGUCGGCGUCGGCAUGGCGAUAUGAAGGCCUUUCAACCAUGUCCCGUAGACCCUGAAUUCAAAAACAACCUGCAUGAUUCCCAAUGCGAUGCGUUGUACAAAAACACUCCCACAUCUCGCCGCUUCGAUCCUCUGUCCGCUCGCCGUCGCCUGAUCGCCGCCAACGUUCUCCCAGGCGCUGCGGCCUGGGUCCGGCUGCUUGUCUGGCCGCCCCCAUGGGGGCGUGCGGCACCUGAGAGACGAAGGGCGCUCUCUGCAAAUCCGCUGGGGUGGAGGACGCAGCCGAAAAGAGGCCGCCGGGGAUGCGAUGAUGCCGAUCUUCGGGGCCUGCUGUUCGACUGCGGCAAGAAACCGCCCACUGUCCAAGCUGGUGGUACCUGCCCUCGCCUGUUGAAGUGCCGCUUGGAGUUGUUGGAUUGCCCCUGGUACAUGUGCCAUGUUGGUACUGCCGCGCUGCUGGGCGGGUGCAACUGCCACCGCUGGUUUGGCCUGAGCAACCUCGGCAUGUAGAGUGGCCGCCUCGUUGUCCAGCUCUUGAAAGUGUUUCCGUGCUGUUUUCAGGUCCGACUCGAACUGCUCCACGUUGCUGACCUUCUCGGAUUGCUCGGAACCUUUGGAUGCCGACCUAUCUCUAGCACUUCUGAAAAGGUCUGACGCGCCCAUCCUGGCACGGAUUGCGGACUUUGCCCUCUCAUACUCUGCUCUGGCUGGGAUGACCAGGUCGUGCCAGUCGCCGUAUAUCCGACGCAGGGUAUGACACGACCUCUUGAAUUUUGUCACGUCCGAGACCUUGGCGCAAGUCCUUCCAUCGUGCCGGUGAGCGUUCAUUUCCGGCGUUUCGACAUUGGCGGGAAGGGG